UACCAUUGGGGUUACUCGUUACUGUUGCAGCAGUCGUUGUCACCGUCGUAGGAGUGAAGUCGCAAAAAACUUACCGCCCACCUUAAAAAAUUUGCUCUUUUCCACUUCAAUUACUUUUUAAUAAAGCUAACGAUUUUCAACUGUUAUUCCAACAAAGUUCUAAAAUGGAGCUCCCUAAUAACGUGACGGCCAUGGCGCAACAGCAACCUUUCAACCCCUGGUCUCUUCCGGAUACCUUCACCAUCUACAACUUCGCUCCGGAAGAGAUCCGCAGCUUCCUCCAUCCUCACUGGCAUAACCAGAAAGCCCCUCAUCCCAUGAUGUAUUACUUUUUUGGAAUCAUCUACUUGGUCAUUGGUACUGUGGCCAUUGGUGGCAACUGGAUGGUAUUGAGAAUCUUGGGAAGCUUUCCGGCACUGAGAACACCGGCCAAUAUGCUCGUGAUGAACCUGGCCGUCUCCGACUUCUUGUUGAUGAUUUCCCUCAUUCCGGAAUGCGUUUACAAUUUCUUUUCGGGUGGGCCUUGGCAAUUUGGUGAUCUUGGCUGCCAGAUUCACGCUUUCUGCGGUGCUAUUUGCGGAUACAGUCAAAUUACCUCUCUGGUUAUCAUCUCCUAUGAUAGGUACAAUGUCAUCGUCAAAGGUUUCAACGGAGCUCCAUUGACAUUUUCCAAAGCAGUGAUGCUCAUCACUUUCACUUGGAUCUGGGCUUUUGGAUGGGCUGUGUGUCCACUAGUAGGAUGGGGCUACUACGCCAUGGACGGAAUGCUGGGCACGUGUUCAUUUGAUGGACUGACCACCGAUAUGAGCAACAAAACCCACAUUCUGGCCUCUACUAUCUUUCUAUUCGUCCUUCCCAUCUUCGUAAUUGUUGGCUGUUACUAUUUCAUCGUCCGUGCUGUCUUCCACCACGAAGAUGAAUUGCGUCAACAAGCCAAAAAGAUGAACGUCACUUCGCUGAGGAGCAACAGUGACCAACAGGCUGUCUCGGCAGAAAUCCGCAUCGCUAAAGUCGCCAUUAUAAACGUCACUCUGUGGAUCAUGGCCUGGAGUCCGUUCGCGGUGGUUUGUAUGCUGGGAACUUGGGGAGACGCGUCUAGAAUCACUCCGCUAGUCUGCGAACUUCCCGUUAUUCUGGCUAAAACUUCUUGCGCUUACAACCCCGUCAUCUACGCUCUUUCACAUCCUAAAUAUCGAGAGUGUUUGAAAGAGCUCUACCCGUGGCUGUGUAUAGUCACCGAAGGCCCGACGAAGACCAGUAAACAUGGAGGCGACAAUCAGUCGACUGGUUCGACCAAAACAGAAGCUUCCUCCGCAACAACUUCAACAUGAGCUUUUUGAAAAAAAAAACAUUCGAAUGUUACGAAAGCACAUCAACUGGACUCACGCUCUUCCUAUUCAUUUUGGCACUGGAAACUGGAAAGAAACAAUCUUUUGAUACAGAAUGUGGCAGAACCUCGCUGCUGCUGGAUGAGACCGUUUCUGAUUUACAUAUCCUCUUUUUAAAAUCCUACCUAUUUCAAUUUCCCAUUAAUCCGUCUUAAUCCAUUUAGUUUACAAUUAAAGUCUGAUUCUCUUGCGUCAUACGUAAAAACGUCCGUAAAAUCGGGGAAUGGUUUAAGAAAGACGCUCAUCUACUUGGCCUUUUAUUGAAUUACUCUGGAUGCGCUCACGAUUCUUUUACAGAUGUAUUGGGUGUGUCGGGUUUUAAAGGGAGGCUUGCAGAGAACUGCGAUGUCGGUUCAGUAAAUUAUAGUUGGAUGAUUUUAACACAAAAAGAAUGUCCCAGAUAAUUUAAAAAAAUUCAUACAGCAAUUUUUUGCAGCACUCUACUAACAAACAACCCUCUAACUAUGUCGGAACUCAACGCGCUUAAAGGGUAAAGCUUGAAGGCUUAAUGUCGUCGUCUUGGUUUCUGACUUUUCUCGUCCACCAGAAACAGCAGAAUUCUUUUUAAAAAUGUAUCUACUUACAGAUUUGGUUUGAAGCUGCAUUAUUGCCAGGCGGGAAUCGGGCUUUUAUAGUAAAUAGGAGACAGAUACCUGUUAAAUAUCAUAAUUAAACUGUAUUAAUAUUACCGCGUUAUGAGUGCACGUAUUAAAUAUCUACCGCAAUAUACAAAGUUAUUGUCUGUAUCUCACAGUUCGUAGAUAAAAAUAUACAACCCAGCAUGCAUCAAAA